UUCUUCUUUUAUUUUCAGAUCAAGGAUGUCUUCCUUCCCACGCCUGAGGUGGCUGCCAUUUGCUGGGAAUCUUCAAAGGAGUUUGUACCGCAGGAUGCCUCGACCAACAUUUUUCUAGCGACUUUCACGACAGCUUGGGCUCGUCUCAAGCUGUAUAGUGAAAUGGAGAAGCUGGGUCGAGAUGUCCUGUAUCACGACACAGAUUCCAUCAUCUAUGCCUCGAAUGGUUGCAACGAUCCCCCCUUAGGAAACUUCUUAGGAGAAUUUACCGACGAACUGGAUGGAGAUGUUAUCAAAACCUUCGUGUCAGGAGGACCGAAAAACUACGCAUACCAGACGGCCACUGGGAAAACCUGCUGCAAAGUCCGAGGAUUUUCAUUGAACUUUCGGAAUUCCCAGUUGCUGAAUUUUGAAGCCAUUAAAAGUCUGGUCUGCAGCCUCGACCGAAGUGAGAUCAUCUCUCUCCACAACCCCUGCAAAAUCACCCGAGAAGCGAAGAGAAGAAAGGUGGUGAAUAAACCGGAAACAAAACUGUACAGAAUUGUGUUGGAUAAAAGGGUGAUCCAACAGGACUUGACCACCUUACCAUAUGGGUUUUGAAAACGACUUUUGUAAAAAUGUGUGGUAUGUACAAAAAAUGUUUAUAUGUAAAAAGACGUUAUGCACAGUAUUUGCGUGUAAAAACUUAUUUA